AUGAUUUUAGUGAACAGUGAAGUUGGAAGACAGCAGGAAAUUGCGCAAAACGCAGCUGCCGAAAGCCAUGCGUUGAAGAAAGAAAAUGAAGCCGUCUCCCAACAGCUGUCCGUCGCCGUUGAUGAGGGAAUGAGGCUGAAAAUGGAGGUGGAAAAACUGACCGUUCAAAACGAGCAGUUGAAAGCACAUGUCAAGAAAUCAUUCGAAGAGAUACGUUCGCUGAAAUGUGAUCUGAAUGGACGGCCUACGGAAGAUGACGUUAUCGUUCUACAAAAGGAGCUGGUCAAUACACAGAAGUUGAUGGAUUUGAUGACAUUACAAAAGACUGAAGAAGCAGAGCAGUUCAAAGCUAAACACGCUGAGCUGGAACAGAGGCUCUGUGACCUGCCAGACCUAAUCAGUUGCCCAAAAGGUGCCGACGCUCGUCAGUCAGCAUCGGCUUCGCAGGGACCUCUUUCAGAAACAAUGAUUCAGGUGUGGAAUCUCGCGGAACAACUGCACAGCAAGGUUUUGCAUCAAAGUGCUCAGUUGUCUGUCAUAAAUGGAAAAUUUCAAGAUCUUCAGAAACGUAUGACCGAAAACACUGAGCCUGAGAUUACGACUUCUGAUGCGAAUUGGAAUGCUCUAGAACAAGAGAAUGCAUCGCUUACGAAAGAAAUUCAGGAUCUUGCCUUAAAACUGAAACAGAAGGAAAAAGAGCUGAAGGAAAAUCAGGCGGAGAGCGUGAUCACGUUGCGCAAACUUAACGCAGAACUGUCUAACUUGAAAGUGUGCUUCGCCAAGACCAACUCGGAGAAAGCAACCAUUGAGUCGUCGCUUGAACGAGUCACCCGUGAUUUUGAUGCACUUCAAAAAACUUAUGAGAUCAGCGUGCAAAAAGAAAAUUCCUUAAGGGAUUUGUUAGCUACUCACCUUGGCGGCAGUGAUUUUACCAAUGCCGAUGACCUGAAACUUUCGAUCGAGUAUCUUCUACAAAAGAAAGAUGUUGCGGAAUCAAAGUUGGAGGAGGCACGAUGA